AUGUACCUAUCCCACGACGAUGCAUGGUGGACUAUUGACCGUUUCGAGGACGGCCACAAUCACCCCCUAAUCAAAAAGCCGUCCCUAAAAAAAUUCUUAUCAUCACAUCGGUACAUUCCUAGGGAGGAGCAGGACUUCUUGAGGGUUCUGCACGGAUGCAACGUUGAGACUGCGAGGCAGAUGCAGCUGAUGUCAUGGUUCUACGGGAGCGCUAAAGACGUACCCUACACGACACAAGACAUUGCUAAUCAACGAGCUAAGUUCCGCUUAGAGCACCGCCACGCGGACGUUGGGAGCACAAUUUCAUACUUCCAAGAUAUGAGGGCCAAAGAUUCAUAUUUCUACUGGAGAAUCAAACUUGAUGAUGAGGACAGGGUUGAGAACUUGUUUUGGAUAGAUGGUGCAUCACGCAGGGCAUAUGCAAAAUACAAUGAUUGUUUGUCGUUCGACACGACAUACAUGACAAACAUGUACAAGAUGCCGUGUGCACCAUUCAUUGGAAUUAACAACCAUGGUCAAUCCAUCCAGUUUGGGUGUGGCUUCGUUCGAAAUGAACUAAAGGAGAACUUUGUGUGGCUGUUUAACACAUUCCUCCAUGCAAUGGGUGGUGUUGCCCCGAAAAACAUCAUUACAGACCAGGACUUUGCAAUGAGGAGUGCGAUCGACGAGGUCUUCUUGAACAUAAUACACAGAAAUUGCCGCUGGCAUAUAAUGAAGAAGGCACAGGAGAAACUUGGUAAGCUUAUGGCUGAUGAUAAACCACUAAACAAAGCGUUCAAAGACUGUGUCGACAACAGCUUGACUGAGGAAGAGUUUGAAAACAAAUGGUGGGCAAUGAUGGAUAAAUAUGGACAGAUCGACAACGAACAUUUUCACUGGUUGUGGGAAAAUAGGAAAUGUUGGGCCCCGAUGUACUACAUGAAGCAUUUCUUUCCAUUCUUGCAGACAACUGCAAGGAGCGAGGGAUUCAAUGAUGUGCUCAAGAAGUACGUGAACCCCAACAACUCAUUGAUCGAAUUCGCAACUCAAUACACUGCAAUCCAGGAGAAAGUAAUGGUGGCUGUGGCAAAAGAGCAAGUGGACACAAUUUACAAAGAGGCAGACAUGUAUUCAUUGAACCCAAUCGAGUUACAGAUGCGAGGGAUAUACACACAAAAUCUGUUCUCCAAGUUCCAGGUAGAGAUGAAGCUAAAGACUGCUUACGGAUGCGACACUUUGCAAGAUGGAACCUUCAGGAUGUGGUCGCUCCGAGGCAUACUACCAAAGUAUGGGGAUAGGGACUACCAUGUGCAGGCGAACAAGGAUGAAGGGGUAUACUCAUGCACUUGCUGCAAGUUUGAUCGUGAUGGGCUAUUGUGCGCACACAUACUGCGUGUAAUGGAACAGAUUGGAGUCUACGAGAUACCGAGGAGGUAUAUCCUAGAUAGGUGGACAUGGGAUCCAGAGGAGGAUCUUGUUGAGCCUGAUUACCAACAGCCAACAGUUAAGAAGGGUAUGACAGAGGAAGGAAAAAAUAUCAUGAGAUAA